UGUUGUUGGACUGGGUUGUGUUAUAAUGAAUUCUUAAUUAUUCAAUUCGAUACGUAAUAAUAUCUGUUAUAUCAUACCCUUCGGGCGUCAACUGUACCAGCACCAAGUUUGCUAACUAUACGUCAAAAUGGGUGACACGAGGAAGAAGAAAAAGUUCUACUUUCGCAAGCGUAGAAACAAAUAUUUCUUAGAAUCCGGCUUCAGAGGAUUCUUUUGCACGUGUAACUUUAGGGAGAAGGACUGCGUCAAAGAAGUGUACAACCUGCUGAAUGAAUACACAGGAAUUUUAUAUCCAAACCUCGAAAGAGACGUCCCCACUGCACCCACCAUAAAAGAAGAUAAGUCAGACAGUGAAUCCGAAGAGGAGACUGACAUAGGAGACUUGCUGAAGCGCGAGGUUGAUUCCAUGAAGAGAAAUUCACAAAAGUCACUCAAGCACAAAAGGUUUCAAGUUGUAGAGACAGGCGCUUCGAACUGCAUCUUUAUAAAGACCAACUUGCCGUGUCCAGAAGAACUGACUGCUGCCAUCAUCAAAGAUCUGUCUACUACCAAAAUACAGAAGACUCGACAUGUCAUGCGCUUACUCCCUAUCAUGGCAACUUGCAAAGCUAACUUGCCUGAUAUAAUGGAGUGUGCUGGCAAUUUGUUUGACAAGUACUUCUUGAAGGAGCCCUCUACGUUUGCUGUGAUCUUUAACAAGAGAUUCAACAGCAGUGUUUCUCGGGACCUGAUAAUAAAGGAGCUUGCAGAACUUGUUGUUCUCAAGAACGGCGACAACAAGGCCGACUUGAAGAAUCCGAGGCUCUGUAUAAUAGUGGAAAUCAUAAAAGGCAUUUGUUUAUUAAGCAUUGUGGACAAUUAUUUUACUUAUAAGAAGUAUAAUUUACAUGAGCUAUGUAAGGAAGAAUCUACCAAUGAUUCAGAGGGUACACAAGCUAAGAAAUUUAAGAGUGGUACUGUGGACCCUGAUGGUCACACUGAUGAUCAAUAAGUGUUUUUAUCUCAGAUUUUAUUCCACGUAAUUUAAGCUUUACUCAUUGUCUAGGUUGUAAACCUAGGGCCCCAAUACCAACAUUUGCACCAAAUUGUAUCUGGCCCCAAUACCAACUUUUGCACCAAAUUUUACCUAAGUGUAUUUAAAUUUUUCCAUUUACUUUUUCAUUUUAAAUAUACAUGUGAAG